UGCUAAGCCCUCAGUAGCGAUACACACACUGAGGAUUUCACACCAAUCCUGUGUCCUGUGUUGCAAAACAGCUCCAUGAAAAUACAGCCACCCAACCCCGUGCAGCCGCUCACCGCCCCAACUACAUUUCCCAGCGCUCCCGGGGCGCUGCGGAGGCGAUAAAAGUGUGCGGCGCAGCUGCGUGUGGUCACAGUGCGGCUGGCAGGUGCGGGCGGAGGAGCCUUGGGGUUGGGUUAGCGCACAGGUCGGCAGGUGACGCUCGAGCCGCCUCGCUAUGGGGCCGCAGGACUCGCUGCUGGACGAGCUGAAGCGGCGGGCGUGCGACAGCGUGGAGCUGAACGCGGCGCGGCUGGGCGAGCUGAGCCGCAGCAUCUGGCGUUGUCCCGAGCUGGCCUACCAGGAGCACCACGCGCACGACGCCAUGACCGGCUUCUUCUCCGGCGGGGAGCUGCCGGGCGCCGCGUGGGCCGUGCGGCCCCGCUACAAGCUGGACACGGCGUUCCGCGCCGACUGGGGCACGGCCGCCCCCCCGCAGGGCCCGAGCCCGCUCCGCGUCGCCUUCCUGUGCGAGUACGACGCGCUGCCCGGCAUCGGCCACGCGUGCGGACACAACCUCAUCGCCGAGGUGGGGGCGGCCGCCGCGCUGGGCCUUAAGGCCGCCCUGGAGAGCCUGCCGCAGCCCGCGCCCAUCGCCGUGCAGGUCACGGUGCUGGGGACGCCCGCCGAGGAGCAGGGAGGAGGCAAGAUCGACCUGAUCAACGCCGGCGCGUUUGACGGCUUGGAUGUGGUCUUCAUGGCGCACCCCUCGCAGGAGAACGCGGCUUAUCUGCCCGACGUGGCUGAGCACGACGUGACUGUGAAAUACUUUGGAAAAGCUUCUCAUGCUGCUGCUUAUCCUUGGGAAGGAGUUAAUGCAUUAGAUGCUGCUGUUCUUGCAUACAACAAUCUGUCUGUUUUAAGACAGCAAAUGAAACCUACCUGGAGAGUUCAUGGUGUUAUAAAAAAUGGUGGUGUGAAACCUAAUAUCAUUCCUUCUUACACUGAACUGGAGUUUUACUUGCGUGCCCCUUCAAUGAAAGAUCUUUCUGUUCUGACAGAGAAGGUUGAGGACUGCUUCAAAGCUGCAGCACUGGCCACAGGAUGCAAAGUGGAAAUAAAAGGGGGUAAAAAUGAUUACUACAAUGUGCUUCCAAAUAAGAGCCUGGAGAAGAUUUACAAGGAGAACGGCAAGAAGCUUGGAAUAGAUUUUAUAUCAGAAGACUGCAUUUUGAAUGCUCUGUCAGGUUCCACAGACUUUGGAAAUGUUACCUUUGUGGUCCCUGGACUUCAUCCUUAUUUUUAUAUUGGCUCUGAUGCAUUGAAUCAUACUGAGCAAUACACAGAAGCUGCAGGGUCCCAGAAUGCUCAGUUCUAUGCUUUGCGCACAGCAAAAGCUUUGGCUAUGACAGCAUUGGAUGUCAUUUUCAAUCCAGAUCUACUAGAACAAGUUAGAGAAGACUUUAGGCAAAUGAAGCUAAAAGAAGAGGGACAAUUAAAUGCAGCAGAAACUGACAGAAAGCCCGGUGCUGGUGUAGGAGCGUGUGCCUCACACUAAACCUUAUUAAAUCUCUCUCGAUAGGGUUGAUUCAAUGGGGACGCUUUGAACGUCAGUCAGGCCUGGGGUAGACAAGUAGCUGAAGGAACAUUGACUUGAGGAGAAUCAAAUAAUAACAUUGCUUUUAAAAAAUGCACACUUUCCUGUAGCUGUAAUGUUUGCUGUACUCAGUAUGGUAGUGAAAUUCAGAGAGACCUCAGAUAUGUUGUCUGCCAGUUACAGAGUUGAAUAAAUGGUAGCAUUUAGAUCUCUUAAGUGAUUCUCUGUUGCUAUUGAAAUAUCCCUUGUGGAACAUACAGCACUUACAUGGAAACUUCUGUAUUAAGCAUUAUUUACUCUGAUCACAGGCUGAUUCUGACCUACAAGGCCAGUUGCCUAUUUUGUCUUGGAACAAGGCAAACUUAAAACCUGAGAUGAUUUCACUGGAAGGAAGGAUAAUAUGUUGGGAAGCAGGCCUGGUUUUGCUGUUAGUGGCUUCUAGCAGUGGAAGAGAACUGUCUAUAUAGAGACAAGAUGUGUUAAGUUUGGCUGUCCUGAAACGCAUUGACUGUCCUGAUAAAUUUUGGAGCUGUUUAGUCCUCAAAAAACAAUGAGCAGCUGAGUGUUUUAGUCUGGCACUAUUUUGUAUGUGCUAAAGUUCUCCAGAACAAAACAAAUGUUUAUGAAAUGUUUGCAUUAGCCUGAUCUAAUGAAAUGUGUACAGCAAAAACAGUGGAAUUGUUUUGUAUGAGAAUGCAAGUGUGAUACCGUGGAACAUCAGCUGAAGGUAGCUUCGAACUUGCUUUGUGCAGACUCUGAUAGUAAGCUCUGAGAAGCUUGCGCUGAAGAUUCCUUGUGAAGGAGCUGAUUCCUCCUAUAUCCCAAGCAUCAGAUCAGCUGUCCUUUCUGUGUAGUGUGUUUAGUUCUUUAAUCCUUAUUACUUCUUGCAGACAUUUAUGUGACAGACUUUAUUUGAAGGGUGGGCUGUGGGGAGACCUACUGUGUUUUUUUGAUCCCUUAAACUGUCCUGUGAAUACAUAGGAACUAAUUUUAGGUCAGAUGCAAGUUACUGAGCUAUUGGGCAGACUGAGCAAAAAGGAACUUACUGGCUAACGUUUUCCUAAGCACAGAGCUGAGCUGCUGAGAAAUCAGAAAGUCUGUGUGCCUAAAACAAUUUGGAGAAUGUUGCUUUUAACUGCACUGGUCUCUAAAUGGUAAAUUCUAGAAGGUUAAACAGAAUUUCAUUGUGUUAAUUUCCAAAUUAAUAUUUUCUAAUUUAAAAGAAAAACAACAUAAUUUAAAGAGCUACGGAUUGACUGGUCACAUUUUUCACUCCCUCUGCGUUUCUUGUGUUUUUCAUUGCUGCUUUUGAGAUGGAGUGGCAGGAUCCCAGUGAUAGCAAUACGUGCCACGUUGUUGUGCAAGCUGAUGCGAGUUAUUGCCUUCUCAAUAGUUUGUCCAACCAGCUGGCUGCUCAUUGUAUCAUGUCCAAGCUCAUUUAUACAUCUCAGUAAUGAAAGCACGUCUUCACUUUGUUGUAACCAUUGCUGGAGUGAGAAUAAAACUGCUCAAAGUACUGAUUAAAGAUGAAUUUAUAUCAAU